AGUCUCCUGUCUGUCAUAGAGAGACAGAACUACCUGAUUAUUUUUUCAUCAGAACAAUUCAUCAUGCUGAUCUGAAUGUCUGCUGCCCUCGAACUGGGGUUAGCUGUGAAAGAGCCCAGGAGAGCCAGUGUUCUAAAGACAGGAUGGUUUCCCGGACACUGUGGUAUGUAAAGUUACAGCUUGGUGACACAAAACGCCUCCUAGGUAUAAAUCCUAACAGUCAGAGUUCCGUGGCAUGUACAAGUCUUAAAACUUCUGCGUGAGGCAACUCCUACUACCUUCGUCAGAGUGCAGCCAUAGGUGCCAGCAAGUCUCAAGACCAUCCGGAAAUUACCACAGGUGGACCCAAGUCUCCAGACCGGUGACUUUCAGACCAGUAUUACGUCCCAUGACCUGAGAUUGUCAUGUACUGGGGCUAAGUCCCAAGACCACUGACACUAAUCCCAAAGCACGUACCAGUGCAGGACCUGAUGUCGGGUGCGUGGGGCAUGCAGCUUAGCGCCAGGGCAUAUCUGCUAAAUUGGGGUGAAAUGCUAAAUUGGGGUGAAAUAUGUGUGCAUGAGUAAAGAAGCCAAACACACACACACAUGCAUGCACAUGCACACACAAACACACACAAACACACACACACACACACACAAUAAUGUUUUGUAACUUUGAUUUUAUUCGGAUAUGCUCUCCAAAAAUGUAUAAGCUACAUGGCUUUCUCCCACAGAACAAUGUGAUUGAGCACUGAAGACCAUGGAGAACUCAUCUGAGGUCACUUUCUUCAUUUUGGCAGCCUAUGGGGAUCUCGGAAAAAGGAAAUAUUUUUAUUUCUGCGUUGUGCUCCUUCUGAAUCUCAUAAUUAUUUUGACAAACAUUACUAUUAUUUCAUUGAUAUUUGUGGAUAGGAGCCUACAUGAACCCAUGUAUGUGUUUCUGUGUAAUUUGUUUUUGAAUGAAUUGUAUGGAAGCACUGCCUUGUUUCCUGUUCUAUCAUUACAUAUAUUAGCAGACACUCAUGAAAUUUCCAGAACUUUUUGUGUUUUGCAGAUUUUUUGCUUGCAUACAUAUGGAUCUAUAGAAUUCUGUAAUUUAGCUGUUAUGGCUUAUGACAGGUAUCUGUCCAUCUGUCAUCCACUACAUUACAGCAGUAGGAUGACUUCUUGCAAAGUAUCCUCAUUAGUUGUGUUCAUCUGGCUGUUUUCAUUCAUCAACUUUACAGUUAUUCUGUCUUUGCAAUUACGUUUACCAUUGUGUGGGAAUAUCAUAGAUAAUAUUUUUUGUGGUAACUAUUUUUUGGUCCAACUUUCCUGCGUGGACACAUUGCUAAACAAUAUUUAUGGACUUUUUGCUUCAGUUUUGACGGUUACUGUCCCUUUGAUCCCCAUUUUGUAUUCCUAUGCAAACAUUCUGAGAAUCUGUCGUAAAUCACCCAGAGAAGCUCAGGUCAAAGCUUUAAACACGUGCGUUCCCCAAGUAUUAUCGAUCCUGUACUUCGCAGUGUCUGGUAUCUUACAAACUGCCCAAAGAAGAUUUGAUAUGAUACAUAAUCCCCAAGCCUCUCAUGUUUUUUCGGUGUGCUUACUAACAUGUCCUCAACUUCUUAAUUCGAUCAUGUAUGGAGUCAGGCUGGCAAGAAUAAGGGAAGCUUUUAAAAACAGGUUCUUUCCUAACAGCGCUGUGUAAUUGUCACUAAGUAUAGGUUUAUAAACCUUGUUUUUAGGCUUUCAAGUCAUUUGUUUUUUUUGUGACAAAGCAGGCACAUUUUGCAACGUUUGAUGAUGCAAGAACUCUGUUUUUCGAAAAAGUAACAAAGCAAAUGUGGAGAUAUGUGUUCUUACUUGUGUCAUAACGUUUUUGUGGGCUGAAAUACCAGCACAUUAGAAGCACACAAUAGGGAUUUCAAAACGGUUCAGAUGUAUCAAUUCAUUCUUGAAGCGCAUUCGAAUUGUUGCCAAAGUCUAUACAGUGCUCUUGAUAAAGAUGAACAAGAGAGACUACAGUGUUGAAAAUGACAAAUGGAAAUACUCAGCUAUAUUUCAGUCCUCAAACAUUGGAAAUAUUCUACUUUAAUUAUGGUUCAAUGGAAUCAAACAAAAUAAUGCUGUUCUCAAAUUAUGCAUUUAUUUAACAAAACAAGCACCUGAAAACAGGGGUCUGAAUAUGUUGUUGAAGAUACUAUCCAUUUCUCUGUACAGAAUCUUUCAAGUUGUUUCAGGUCUACACUUGUGGACUGCCCUCUUUAAUUUUUUAAUUUUCGACUGGGUUCAAGUCCGGUGUCUAGCUUAGCUGGCCACUGAGUGCAGUUUCCGAGUUACCUUGUUACAUCCCACUUGUGUUUUAUUGUGCACACCUCUUCUCUACACACACACACACACACACACACAUAUAUAUAUAUAUAUAUUACAGUACUGUGCAAAAGUCUUAGAUUUUUAAAUAUAAUAUAUAGUAUAUAUUUUGUCUUAGAUGUUUAUUUUUUGUUUUCUGCAUUAGUGUGUCAGUAGAAAAGAGCA